UUCACAUGUUUAUCAUCAUCAUUCGAUAUAUAAAAAUAAUCAUCAUGUUACCUGUUCUAUUAUCGGUGAUCACAAGAGCUUUAGUUACAAGUGAUAAUUGUUUUGGUGGUAUUGAAACGUUUGAAAAAUUAGCGGCAACUAAUUUUGAAUCAAAUACAGUGCCUAUGGCUGGUGUUUUAUUACAACAGGAUAAUGUUGCAUUGACUAGAGAUUGUAUUAAUCUUUGUCGACAACAGCAACGAUGUACAACAUUUUUUCUUGAUUAUACACAAUUUCGUUGUUUAGCAUAUGUGGAAAGCUCUCGUCGUCAUCGUGAUCAUAUACAGACUACAAAGAAUUCGAAUCUUUUUGAAAAAGUAUGCCUGAAAGGUAUUUCAAGACAAGAAUUUGAUCAUGUUUGCGGUAAUGAACGUCUUUGGGCAUUUGAACGUGUUAAAGAUACAUUUUUGGAUGGUUUUGUUGAAAAAGAAUUAACCAAUAUGGUUGAUCGUGAAGAAUGUGCAAAAGCAUGUCUUAUUGAAGCAGCAUUCAUUUGUCGUAGUGCUGAAUUCGAUGAAGUUAAAAGAAUAUGCAGAUUAUCCAAAGAAAAUCGUCGUACACAGCCACAAGCAUUUGUUUAUGUUAAAGAUAGCCAACGUGAUUAUAUUGAAAAUCAAUGUGCUCCUGCAGGUCCUGCUUCUUGUGUAUACACAACCAAAAUGAAUACAAAUGUUUUUUCCAUGGAUUCACUUCAAUUUGCAUCCAGUGCUGAAGAUUGUCAACUUCAUUGUGAUCGUGAACAAUCAUUCAAUUGUCGUGCAUAUGGUUUUAUCAAUAAUCGAUGUAUGCUUAGUGGUGAUGAUGAAAAGACCAUUGGUAAACAUCCAUUGACAACGAUGAAAGGAGCCACUUAUGGUGAACGAACAUGUGUAGCUGAACUAUGUACUAAUGGUAUUUUUACAUAUGAAAAAAUCACUGGCCAUGUACUUCGAUCGGCUAUUACUACACCGGUAGAAUUUCCUGAAUAUAGUUCAUUAGGUGUGACUAGUUGGUGUCGUGGAAGUUGUGAUAUGGCACAAUUAAAUUGUCCUGCAUUCACUAUUAAUUACAAGAAUAAUAGAUGUGAACGAUUGGAUCGUAAUACACAAGGUCGCAUUACUGAUCUUACCGUUUCUGAGGGUGAAAGUUUUUUUGAAAAAAUUUGUCUUCGUGUACCACAAAUCAUGUCACAAUGUCAGGAUAAAUUUUGGGCAUUUGAAAGGGUUUUAGGCUAUGAAUUGGCACCAGUAUUGUAUGUGAAAACAUUAAACUUUGUACAAAGUAGACGAGAUUGUCAAGAAUAUUGUCUACAAGAACGUGAAUUUCCAUGCCGAUCAGCAUUAUAUAAUGAUGAGACUACUGAAUGUAAACUAUCACCUGAAGAUCGACGAACCAGUCCUGGACAUUAUUAUCGUUCACGUAAUAUGAAAAUCAAUUAUCUUGAAAAUCAAUGUGUCCGUAUUCAUUCAUCUUGUCCAUAUCAACGAACAACGAAUGCAUAUCCAACAUAUACUGAUAUCGUUGAAACGGACAGUAUUGCCAGUAAUGAAGAAUGUGAAAAAUUAUGUAAUGAUAAUAGAUACUUUUUAUGUCGAUCAUAUGCAUAUUAUUCUAGCAAUAGUCAAUGUUUUCUAUCCGGUGAUGAUUCUGUUAGUGCUGGUUCAUCAUUCAUUCAACAUCGUUCAAACAUUGUAUAUUAUGAAAGACAAUGUUCAAAACUUUCAACAUUCAAUGCAAAUCAAUCAUCUAAUAAUGGUGAUAAGGUCCAUUUAGUCGAUACGACUACUGAUGAAUAUCCUAUUCCAUUGACACCAUUAACUGAUCGAAUAGGUGAAACAUCCACAUUAUCUCCCGGUAUACCACAACUGCCAUCAUCAUCAUCGUCAUCAUUACCUUCAUCAUUAACACCAGAUCUUGAUUCCGGUAACGUUAAUAAAGAAGUUGUCAUCAUCAAUGGAACUCUUGGUGGAAUUAUAACAACAAAGAUAACUCGAUUUCCAGAAUCACUUUUGCCUACAAUAUCUCCUAUAAUUACUUCUAGUCCCAGAUCAAUGGGAUAUCCGGGAAUGGAUUCUCCAAUGAAUAAUGAUCAACUCCAAUCAUCAUAUGAUUCAUUACAACCGGAAAAUGUUGAUCAAAUGAAUACACGAUUUCCAAUAAAUUACUCAUCCAAUAAAAAAUGUGCACCAAAUUCAAGAUUUUUGUUUGAAAAAGUCACCAGUUUUGAACCAAUUGGUGGUCAUCUAACAUUAUUGUAUACAGAUUUACAAAAUCCUGGAAUUGUAACCGAAUGUGCCCGACGUUGUGAACAUUCUUCAUUGUGUCGAGCUUUUGUUAUCGAUUAUUAUCAUCAAACCUGUCAUGGACUUUUUGAAAAUAGUUCGGUUGGUUUACUUGAUCUACGAUUAUCAAUGGGAAAAGAUUAUUUUGAAGGAUUUUGUGUUCCAAAUUUUGUUCAUUGUGACAAAUUCUGGCCAUUCGAUCGUAUCAUAGAUCAAGCGGUAAUUGGUGCUCGUCCAGAGGAAGUUGUACGAUUUGUUUCUCGUCCUGAAUGCCGUACACGAUGUUUGGAGGAGAAAAAAUUUCGAUGUUCAUCGGCCAGCUAUAAUUCAUUCACGCAUGAAUGUCAUCUUUAUUCAGAAACCAGAGAUUCAGGUUCAUUAAAUCUACAAUUCAGCAAAGGAAUCGAUUUCAUGGAAAAUCAAUGCGUCAUAGAUGUCAAAUCAUGUCGUUAUCAUUCUAUUGAACGUGAUAUAAGUAUUGUUUCAGUGACAAAAUCUGUUCGUGGUACAUCAACAUUCCAUUGUGAACAAGCUUGUGACUAUGAAAGAGAAUUUAACUGCCGCUCAUAUACUUAUUUAGAUAAUCCGGAUGGCAGUCUUGUUCCUGGUGGCAAUCUUUGUCUACUUAGUGCCGAUAAUCGUGCAACCAGUCAUCAAGGAUCUAUUCAAUUUAGACCACGAGCUUUAUACGCUGAAAAGGAUUGCCUAUAUCAGAAAAGUUUUCGUCCAAAUCAAGAACAGAAUACUUUAAACCAACAACAUCACUUAGAACCAACUUCAUUGAUCGGACCGAUUAUUAAUUAUGCUUCUGAACCAGAAGGAUUAACUGCUCGAAGAAUUGAUCCAACAACGCCUAAACCUAAUAUUGUUCAUAAGACGCACAUGAUUAAUCAAAGUAGAUUCAAUAGUGAUGAUUUACAGCCAACAGUGAAUAAUAUGGUACAACUUCAACAUAUUCCACAUCGUUGUUCACUUGAUGAAUAUACAUUUGAAAAAACUUUUGGCUAUGAUCUAAGAUAUGCACAAAGAGAAAGAGCUCCGAUUGUAUCUCGAUCUGGUGUUGUCAACUAUUGCAAAGAUGAAUGUAUACGACGUGGCGAUAGAUGUAUGGCUUUCAUAAUUGAAUAUGGUUCAGAUAAGAAUCAAAAUUGUUUUUUCCUUUCUGAGGCUGCUUCGGAGAAUCGAAAUCAAUUGAACAAGCUAAUGGGGACGACGUAUAAUGAAAAAAUUUGCCUCAGAGAAAAGACAUGCGAUAGUAUAUGGACAUUCGAAAGAAUCAUUGGAUACACUAUGGAUGAAACGGCCGAUCGUGAAAUCAACUCAAUAAUGUUUCGGACAGCUUGUCAAGAUUUGUGUUUGUUGGAGAAAAGUUUUUCCUGUCGUUCGUUGACUUAUGAUUACGGGCGAAGAAUUUGCCGCUUAUAUCAUAAUACAAGACGAUCAAAACCGCAGUCUUUUCAAAGGACAUCCGAUCAUGUUGAUUAUUUUGAAAACAAAUGUACAAAAGAAUUAUCCACUUGUCAGUAUAGAGAUUUCAAGGAUCGUCGUUCCAAUUAUGUGGAUAAAUUAUCAAUUGCAGCUACAUUGGUUGAUUGUCAACGGCAAUGUGAUUCCGAAUAUUCUUUUCAUUGUAAAUCAGUUAAUUAUAAUGCAAUUACACAAGAUUGUGCCCUAUCCAGCGAAGAUUCAUUGUCAAUGCUUAAUGUUGCCAAUAAUGAUGAUAUCAAAACAACAUCACCUAUUGCCGUUUCAGAAGUUGUUUCAGCUGCAUCAACAAUAACCGAAUACCUUCAUGGAAGUAUUUAUAGUGAAAAAGGAAAUUGUGAACAAGUCAGCGUCCAAUGUAACCAAGAAGACAUGAUGCUAACUUUGAAUUUCGAUAGUCCAUUUAUGGGUCGAGUUUAUACGAAAAGUAAUCCAUCAGAAUGUUUUAUAAACGGUAAUGGACAAUUACAACUACAGUUUGCAAUUCCUUUGGAUUCUCGUUGUGGAACUUAUCAAGAGAGUACCAGUAGUUAUGUAAAUGAAGUGAUUGUUCAACAGCAUUCGGUCAUCAUGACCGAUAAUGAUCGAACGAUUCGAGUACUUUGUUCAUUUGAAGUAUCCGAUCAGACUAUAACUCUAGGAAAUAUCGAACAGCAACAACAACAACAAAAGAAUGUUCCUAUACCAAACGGAAUUGAUGUUUCCACAAAUCCCAAUGGAAGAAGUUACAAGGAUCGGAAAUCACCGGCUACUUUUGUGGCAAAUACUGCUGCUCCCCCAUCAAUACAAAUGCGUAUACUAGAUCCUAGUGGACGAGAUGCACAAGUAGUCAGUUUGGGAGAUGAUUUGAUACUACGAAUCGAAUUAAGAGACCAAAAUUAUUCACCAUAUGCUAUUUUUGCUAGAAAUUUAUAUGCUCGUAGUUCGAAUGGUGAAUCGCUUUUUUUGAUUGACAAUAAUGGCUGUCCAAUUGAUUCGUCCAUCUUUCCGGCAUUACAAUUGGAUCCAAUUGAUCAUCGAUCGUUGUAUUCGAAAUUCAAAGCAUUUCGGUUUCCGUCCACCGGAGUGGUAAAUUUUGAAGUACAAAUACGUUUCUGCCAAGAGUAUUGUGAACCGGUCAAGUGUGCUCAAUUGAAUGGCCAUGUCGAUUCGUUUGGUAGACGACGUCGACGUAGCGUGAAUAGUUUUCAAGAACUUUUUCUCCAUCAACAACCAUCACUGAAAUGGCAUUCUAAUCGAAUCAAUAUGAAUGAUGGUGACAACAACAAAAAACAUUUGAAUCAGUCACAAGAGAAUUGGACCAGAAUCAAUUUAUCAACCAAUCAUCAUGGACUAUUGAACAUGGAUCAAAUAAAUCAAUCAUCAUUGAAGCCUGGCAACAACUGGACAGCAACCAAUGAAUUUGUACAACGUAUUCGUAUUGGAUUCACAUAUCCAACCAACAAUUACCGUUACUAUCGUAAUCGUAAUAAUCAUUCAAUUGGUCAUGAUGUUGGUGAUGCGAAAAAAACUGAUGAAUUCAAUAUUAUCGAUGAGUACGGCAAUCAAAUUUUCACUACACCAGCCAUGCAUCUAUCAGGCAACGUCAACAUUAACGAAUUGGAUGAAAAUAUUGACAAUGGCAAUGUUGAUUCGCCAAAACAACAACAACAACAACAAUUGAAUCAUAUAUUGUUGGAUCGUACAGCAAAGACCGUACAAUGAAUGACAUGCAGAAUGUCAAUUCUAAUGAAAAUGAAAAUAUUACCGAUAAUAUAAAUAUAGCCACAACGACAACGAUGAAAAUGGAAAACUUU